AUGCGGAGUAAUAAAACGUUGUCUCAGAAGGGUUGCUGGCUGCCAGGAAUAGUGAAAGAAACGCGCGCUAAGUGCCAACUGUCACAUAUGUCCACAAAAGAACGGGAAAAUGAGACGAAAACCAAUUUUCUUGAAAUAAUCAAUCAGGGUUUUUUUUUUUUGUUUUUUUGUCUUUUUUUAUUUAUUUUUCGUCCUUUUUUUCUGUCGUUUUCUUCGUUAUCGUCUUUCUUUUUCGUCUUUUUUAUUCGUUGUCAUCGUCAGCCUUCUACUCUUUCUGACAUUUCUUUUCCCCUCUUUCUAUUUCUUCUUCAUCCAUCUUUGUUUGCCCUUUUCAUCGUCUUUUUCUUUAUCUUUUUUUGUCAUCGUUUUCCCUCUCCUCCUCUUCCUUCUCCUUCGACUUUUUCUUCUCCUUUGCGUAUGAGUCAUGUAUCUACCAUGACUGAAUUUAGAACUUCCUUUCUUGUAGUCUGCUUGCCUUACUAA